CUAAUCCAAAAAAUCUCAAAUAAAAAAAAGUAAAAAUCUAUGCUCAAUAUUAUUCUUGUCCCCAUACUGUCCACAUACUUAAAACUUAUAGGUUCUGUACUCUUACCUCAAUCGGAGUGUUUCAGUAUCAUUCUGUGCCUCUUUACCUACCUUUAUUUAUAAUUGUGAUAAAGAGAUUCGAAUUAUUAUUUUGAAUUCUUUAGGUAGGCCGGGAGGAUCUUUGAUAGUGAUUGCGGUUCAAAGGUGGUCGUGAUGUGAAUCGGUAUCAGUGCUUGAAGUUUUCGGUGCCUAACUCCCCAGGCAUGAACUCGCUAGCGCGCGCGUGGCUGCGCGCGCGGCCCCAGCUGCGCGCACUCAGCUGCGCGGCGGACAGCCCGCUGCGGCGCUUGCUGCGCGACGCGAGCGCGCACGCGGAAUCGGGCGCGGCGGCGGGCGCGGGCGAGCUGCAGUGGGCCACGCAGGCCUACGCCAGCGAGCCCGCGCCGCCGCGCGCCGAGCCGCCCGACGCCACGGUGCUGCUGUUCCCGGGCCAGGGCGCGCAGUUCGUGGGCAUGGGGCGGCGCCUGGAGAGCACGCCCGCGGCGCGCGAGCUGUACGAGCUGGCCUCCAGCGUUGUGGGGUGGGACGUGUGGCGCGUGUGCGUGUCCGGGCCGGCGGACGAGCUGGAGCGGCGCUGCCAGACCGCCGUGCUGGUCACCGCGCUGGCGGCGCUGGAGCACGCGCGCGACCUGCGGCCCGGCGCCGUGGAGCGCGUGCGCGCCGCGGCCGGCUUCUCGCUGGGCGAGAUCGCGGCGCUGGUGUUCGCGGGCGCGCUGGCGCUGCCGCACGCGCUGCGCCUGGCCGAGCUGCGCGCCGCCGCCAUGCGCGCCGCCGCCGCCGCGCGCCCGGGCGGCAUGCUCACCGUGUGGCUGGCGCCCGGCGCGCGCCCGGCCGCGCUGCUGGCCGCCGCGCGCGCGCGCGCCGCCUCGCCCGCGCUGCCCGCGCCCGUGUGCGAGGUGGCCGCCUACCUGGGCCCCGGCUGCAGGGUGCUGGCGGGCGACGCCGCCGCGCUGCGCGCCGUGGAGGCGCUGGGCCGCGCGGCGGGCGUGCGGCGCAGCGCGCGCGUGCGCGUGGCGGGCGCCUUCCACUGCGCGCUGAUGGCGAGCGCGGAGGCGGCCGUGCGCGAGGCGCUGCGCGCGCUGCCGCUGGGCGCGCCGCGCGUGCGCGUGCUGUCGUGCGUGGACGCGCGCGGCGUGCGCGACGCGGCGGGCGCGCGGCGGCGGCUGGCGCGGCUGACGGCGGCGCCGGUGCGCUGGGAGCAGACGCUGCACGCGCUGUACGCGCGGCCGCGCGGCGCGCCGCAGCCGCUCACGCUGGCGCUGGGCCCGGGCGGCGCGCUGCGCUCCACGCUCAAGCUGGUGAACGCGCGCGCCUGGGACGCGUCGCUGCAGAUCGACGUGUGACGCGCGACGAGCGUACGGCUCGCUCUAGUGAAAAGCCUACUUUUGAAUGUUGUCCUACGGCCGCUUCGAUUCGGACGGAUAGUGGCAAGGAUCGUAACGGACGACGCUCGUAUUUGUAGUGAUUUA